AUGUUGCCUGGCCCCGCCAGCACUCCCGAGCAUGUGCCUAAGAAACCGACAGAUCAGCAGCUGAAUCGAGCCUGCGAAGCAUGUCGUCUUUCAAAGGUUCGUUGUUUAAUGAAUCCAAUCCCUGGAUCUUCUCAAUGCCAAAGAUGCGCAAAGGCCGGAAGGACAUGUGUCUUCGCCCCACCGGCAAAGAGACGGCAGCGGAAGAGGACCGAUGUACGGGUCGCUGAGCUAGAAAGAGAAGUCAGGCAAAUGCGAUCCCUUCUGAGGUCAAAUCGAAUAUCUCCUGUCGAAACUAGCGACCACGAAUCGGGAGACGAAGAUGCAGAAGAUGCAGAGAUACAAACCGAAAAGGCAUCACCGGCCUAUGCUCAUAGCCAUGAGAGCAAUACCACUCCAGCAACAAAUCCAGAAAAGUGGAUAUCUAACCGCUCCCAGGAUGACUGCAGGCCCAAAGACACUUUGGGUGCAUCUGACAUUGACAUCAUCGAUCGCGGUCUAAUCUCAAAGGAAAUGGCAGAAGAACUCCUCGAAAUUUACAGGAAUGAUCUCGUCAUCGCAUGUCCUGGAGUUGUCAUACCGAGCGAGUGGACAGCGACCGAACUUCGAUUCAAAAAACCAGCUUUGUUCCAUGCAGUCAUGGCAGCUGCAUCGCACUGUAAAGGUGCAACGCUUUCAAAUCGGCUGCAUGAGGAGGUUGUGUAUCUCUACGCAAGAUCGCUGUUUAUUAAAGGCGAAAAGUCGCUGCAAUACAUUCAGGCCUUGAUCGUUACUGUAGCUUAUUACACUCCCCCAAACUCGCCAGCGCAACUGCAAAUCUACCAGUACGGUAACAUGGCUGCGAGCAUGGCUUUGGAGCUUGGUCUGGCCUCAAAACCGAGAACGCAUGAACAACUCCCUAAAAGAGCCAUCCGAUCACUACAGCGCAUAUCCUCAGCAGAGGAACUCCUUGAGAACUGUCGAACUAUAUUGAUUCUGUACGUUCUGACAGCUGGCUUCGCUAUGCGACUGCGAAGACCCAACAUUCUGCUUUACAAUAGCUGGAUGGAAGAGUGUCUGUCCUUGCUUCAAAAAUCACCAAUACUAGAUGAUAGAAGGCUUGUCGCAUGGCUGAAGCUUCAAAGGAUAGCGGACGAAGCUAUGACAGCAUUCGGCUUCGACGACGCAAGCACAAGCUUCAGUCUCUCCGAGCUUCGUUUGCAGGUUAUUCUCAGAAUCUUUGAGAGAAGGAUGCAAGACUGGAAGAAAUCUAUUCCUCCUGAAGUCAUGACUCUAACAUUGAUGAUAGAGCAUCACCAAAACAUAUGCUCUAUGUACGAGUUCGCAAUGGACGGAGGCCGAUACGACGCCCCCGAGUUCAAGAACCGACACUUAACUCUGCCCGCCCUUGACGAUGACUGCAUCCAGCCUGAAACUCUCCUCUCUCGCUCCGCUCUUCAAAUUAACGCUACCAUCAAAUGCAUAAGCCAUGCACACGCCCUUUUGGAUUGUUUCUUGCAGGUAUCUGUGGAAAAUCUACAGAAAUCUCCCAAUCUUCUAUUUGUCCGCGCCAUCUACGCACUAGUGACCUUGCUGAAAGCCGACUACGCUGUCGGUACGGAUGCCGAGGGCAUGGGAGAGGUUCUCGACUCUCGAAGUUUAAAAAUCGAUUACUACAUGGACACGGUGCUCCGAAAAGCGACUGAAGCAAUUGGACCCCAGAAAUGUCGGGUGCCGUCUCACUGGUUAUUCGUGCUAAACCACAAGCUAAAAACGUGGCAUGAUGAGCACCAAGCAUGGAGGAAGGAAGGGCGUCACUUGAAGCGCAAUCCACCGCGAGAGCAUAAGGACCCAAAUGAGAUUCCAAUGCCUGAGAACCCUCCCCCACCUUUUGGAGAGAUGAAGUCACAAGAGCCAGCAUCGACGCAGCCAAUGCCGACACCGGCGGCAUCUACACCUGGGAAUCCUAGCCCCGGCCAGAUUCCAACCUUUGGGAUGCCCAACGCCUAUUCCACUUGGCCGGCCAACGGCAUCUCAAUAACGAGUACGGACUCGACACAGUUCCCUGCAGACUUGACGGACUUUUCGACGGCUUUCCAACAUGGAGAUCUGUAUCUUUGGAAUGAUGUCAACGACAAUUUCGGGGGCUGGAUUCCCCAAGGCGGGAGCAUUUACAGUGAGAUGCAGUUCGGGGGCAUGAACGGACCGCCAGUGUGA